UUAUCUGAGGGAAGCUGGUACGAGAUUUAGACAAAAUGGCGGCUCGGUUGAGCCGGGUUUUGCACUUACGAAAUAAAGCGCUAUUUUCGGGCAUACGGCGCCUUGCUCAAUGGGAAACUUUACAAAGUAAUGGUCCAUUAAGGCAAUAUUGUGUUCGCACUGUUUUAUACGAAAAGGCCCAGGCUGUCAGGUAUUCAAAAGCAAAGACGUGGAUCACAAACCAUGGAAUUCACGACGCCUACAUUGUGACAUGUCAAAGGAGUAUUACAACUUUUUCACGAGCAAAUGACUCAAGCAUCGACAAAGAGCAGGUUUUAGAUUAUAAAAGUAUUCCCAGGCUUGUCCAGGAGAGCUUGGCAAAUAAAGGUCAUAAAGAUGAUGUUAUCCAGAGCCAAAUAGCCAUUCUCAAUAAACUGAUGCAAGUCAGAGAGAAAACAGCAAAUAUUGAUGCUGUCAAGGAAAUGACAGACAAAUUGCCUGAUAAACUGGUAUAUGAGCUUGCUGCCACCGUCUUUGGUCUUUCAUCCAUUGUUGGUGAGGAUGCUAUUGCAAUGUCUGCUCCUCUUUUCCGAUUUGCUAGCUUGGCCGGCAACACUGAUGCAAAGUACACAUAUGCCAAGCUCCUGCAAUUAGGCGAGGGUGUCAGUCCGGAUCCAAUAGAGGCAGGAAAAAUGUUCAAAGAGCUUGCAGAAAAGGGUCACCCGUUUGCACAGUUCAGUUUAGGCCAGUUGCAUUAUGCUGGUGUUGGUGUGGAUCAGAACUUCAAGAUUGCAUUGGAACUAUUUGAGCUAAGUGCAAAGAAUGGUAUUCUGCCUGCCUAUAGCCAAUUGGGAAACAUGUAUAGAACAGGUCAGGGUGUAGAGGAAAACCCUGAAAAAGCUUUUCAGAUUUUCAAAGAAGGAGCAGAUAAAGGAGACAUAUCAGCCCUCAUGGCUGUGGCAUACUGUUACAGCCAUGGUGUUGGAGUUCAAGAAGACAGUUGCAAGUCAUUCGAGUUUCACAAAAAAGCAGCCGAUCAGGGAUACGCCAGUGCCCAGUAUAAUGUAGGGGUGCAUUAUUUUGCUGGACGUGGGGUGCAGCUUGACAUGAAACUAGCUGCAGAGUAUUUCCAAUUGGCUGCUCAGCAGGGCUUUGAGUUAGCACAGAUUAACCUGGGUAAUAUGUACUACAAUGGACUUGGAGUCGAGAAAAACUUGCUAAAAGCACAAGAGUUAUAUCAACAAGCUUCAAGAACAAAUCCCAAUGCUAAACUUCUACUAGAGGAACUAGAAAGCGAACUUAAAGGGAAAGAUGAUGAUAAGAAUAGCUAAACAUUAAUAGUUAGUAGUUAUUGUACAAUAGGUAUCAAGGAUUCAUGGCCCAGUUAGGGAAAAGCUGUUUAAUAAAUAGAACCAUUUCUAAUUUUGAAA